CUUGUACAAAUGGAGACAACUUGAUUUUCGGAUAAACGGACCGAUGUCAUCAAAUAUCAAUCACGUUACAUCGUUUUAAGAGAACGUGAGUCCACAAGGAUAAUCUCAAAUCACACCGGGCUUUGUAACAACCACCUUGCAGACCCCUGCCUGGCCCGCUGCAGUGAACCUGCACACAACCCCUGGACUAUAACUGGCCUUGGUGGAUUUGAGUGACUGCCGAAUGGAACUAGAGCCCCUUGUCAUCUGAAGCGUGUCUAAGAUGGAGAAUGGUCAGUCAGUUGUUUCUGAAGAGGAGUGUGUGUGGGAAAAAGUGGACUGCAAGCGCUAUGAGCUUUGCCGUAACAUUUCUCCCUCCAAACUCACUCCGUAUCUGCGCCAGUGCAAGGUCCUGGACGAGCAGGAUGAAGAUGAAGUCCUCAACUCCCUUCGCCUGGUGUCCAACGCAAACCGUACAAGCCGCUUGCUGGACAUUCUCCAGACCAAAGGAGAGCGUGGAUAUGGGGCUUUCCUGGAGAGUCUUGAGUUGUACUAUCCCGAAUUGUACAAACUAGUGACGGGAAAAGAACCCACGCGCCGCUUCUCUACCAUCGUAGUGGAGGAAGGUCACGAGGGCCUGGUGCACUUCCUAAUGAACGAGGUGAUGAAGCUUCAAGCGCAGAGCAAAGUCAAGACUCUACAGCAGGCAGAGCUCCGGAGCAAGAACUGCACGCUGGAGGAUGAGCAAAAGAAGCUACGACUCGCCAACCAGGAACUCCAGGCCUUCCAACAGAGGUUCAACAAGUUAAAAGAGGAGAGAAAUGCCUACAGUGAUGAGCUACUCAGAGUAAAGGAUGAAAAUUAUAAACUUGCCAUGAGGUACGCUGCCCUGAGUGAGGAGAAGAACAUGGCUGUGAUGCGGAGCAGGGAUCUCCAGCUUGAGAUCGACCAGCUGAAGCACAGGCUCAAUAAGGUGGAGGAGGAGUGUAAGAUGGAGCGCAGGCAGAGUCUAAAGCUGAAGAACGACAUCGAGAACAGGCCCAAGAGAGAGCAAAUCCACGAGCUGGAGAGGGAGAACGAGAUGCUCAAAAUCAAAGUACAGGAGCUGCAGUCCAUCAUACAGCCUGGUAUAGUCCCCACUUCUGACAAAACCAUUCUGGACAUUUUGGAGCAUGAUCGGUUAGAAGCUCUGGAGGAUCGCCAGGACUUGGUAAACCGCCUUUAUAACCUGCAAGAGGAAGUGAGACAGGCCGAGGAACUGCGUGACAAGUAUCUGGAGGAGAAGGAGGAACUGGAACUCAAAUGCUCCACACUUCAAAAAGACUGUGAAAUGUACCGCAACCGAAUGGACACCAUCACCAUACAGUUAGAGGAAGUAGAGAAAGAGAGAGACCAGGCAUUCCGAGCCCGAGAUGAGGCCCAGCACCAGUUUUCCCAAUGCCUGAUUGACAAAGACAAAUAUCGGAAGCAGAUUAGGGAGUUGGAGGAGAAAAGUGAUGAACUUCAUAUAGAGAUUGUUCACAAAGAUGCCAAGAUUAUCACGCUGGAGUCUCGACUACGCCGGCUGGGCAAGGAUCAUUUGCUGGACCCGAUCGACAAAAACAUGACAUUACCAAGAGAUUUUGCACCGAAGAGCAUCUCAGAAGAGGAGGAAUUUAAAGCAGCCCCGGGCCAACCAGAGUGGUCCAGUGACGAAUCUCCAGAAGACAAGAUAAAUUCUGAGACGCAACGGUUCAAGCGCAGACCCAACAUCAAAGCUAAAGAAGGGCAGAUCAGAGUCAAGUCACCGGUGUUUCAUUGCAAAGAACAUCAUUCUAAUUCAGAAGUUACUCAGACAGCAGCCAAUGGAGACUUCUUGGAGACACCUAUCAACAUCCUUAGCACCUCUGCACCGUCGUCUCCUAGUGUACCAAUCUCUCCAAUAUUUCCUCCCAUCUCUGCUUCUACCCUCUCCUCAUCGCCAAAGCCCAUCCCUUUUAUUGUGGACAGGCCUAAUAUGUUGCGAUAUCGAAAUGACAGCAUCUUGUCCACAAACCCUGAGCCACCAGACAAGGCAUCACUUUACCGCAGGGAAAAAGAAAAGGAGAGUGACAUCUAUCCUCGAAGAUACAGUCAUUCAGACUUUGAUAGUGAUAACCAGGAAAUGGAUUUAGAUGAUGAGGGGCAUCAUGGUCCAUCUUCUGUUCACUCGUCUUCCUCCUCCCAUCAGUCCGAAAGCAUGGACACGUACGACUUGGAGCAGGUCACCAAUAUUUUCAGGAAGUUGUCUCUAGAAAGACCAUUUCGUCCAUCUCUGUCCUCAAUUACCAGAAUCAGCCCAACUUUAAAACCAGUGCAGGAGGUGUCGCUGCUCGGAGACAACUUGCUAAGGGACAUCACACUAGUUGGUGGCAAUAACAGUGGGAUCUUCAUCUCCUCUAUCCAGACAGGGUCUGGGGCUGAGCAGGCGGGGCUAAGAGAGGGACACAACCUUCUAAUGUUGGAAGGCGUUAUACGAGGAGAGAACCAAAGCGUGUCGUUGGACACCAGCACUCAGGAGGAAGCUCACUGGACACUACAGCACUGCUCUGGCCCUGUCAAACUACACUACAGAUCCAAUUAUGACGCUUAUCGGCGUCUUCAACGAGACAUAGCUGAAGGCACAUUGGCUUCUGGAGAUUCAUUCUACAUUCGGGCCAAUCUCAACAUUUUCAACCAAGAGAACUGCUCCCUGAAUGUGAGAUGUGAUGAGGUGGUGCACGUUUUGGACACCCGCCACCAGGGGCGCUGUGAGUGGCUGUGUACGCGGGUGGACCCCUACACCGGCCAGGACCUGCACGAACGAGGAACUAUUCCAUGUAACUCCAGGGCUCAGCAGCUGCUCCUGAUAAAGAUACAGAAGUUGGUCAUUCGAGGUGGGAAGGAGGAAGGUGAAAUCAAUCGCAAUGCAAGAAAUAACUUUCUGGCAGAAGAGCCGGGUUCCUCUUCAGACAAAACCAGCCCUCGCCUGUCCAAAGCUAGUAUCUUCAUUGCACAGAUAAUACAGUUUGUCAGCAGGGUGGAUAUCAAGUACAAGCGCAUGAACAGCAGCGAGCGCGUCAGACUCGUAAACUCGGGUGGCACUCUGCCCAGACAAAGCUUUGAGAUGCUCCGACCCGAGGAUACUGCUGACCCAGACAAUGAGUUCUGUCGGAGUUUGAACCUCAUCCCCUACAGCCCAGUCACGCCGCAGAAAACCCAGAGGAGGCGACCGGUCCUAUUCACGCCGAUCACGUUAGCCAAAACUGUCAUUAACAAAAUCCUCACCACACCGGGAUCAGUGGACUUUAGCAACUGUAAACCAGAGACGUUCACUAAAGAUGAGUUUCAGCUCAAACAAAACGUGGAGCCCUUCGUUCACUACACAGAGAAGCAGGGCGCGUACGAAUGCAUCACGAGAGAAAACAUCGAAACCAUCGCUGCAAAGGGCAAACACUGUCUGGUGGAGGCUGAGCUGAACUGUGUCAAAGACCUGCUGAGGAGAGAGAUCUACCCCAUCAUUAUCUACAUCAAGAUCUGUGAAAGAAACAUCAAGAAACUCAGGAAGUUGCCGGUGCGCAUUGAGGUGGAAGAUGAGUUUGUGAGGUUAUGCCGGGCCAAAGAGAAGGAGCUAGAGGGCAUGCCCUGUCUGUACGCCAGCCUGGAGCCUGACUCAUGGACAAGCCUGGAUGACUUGGUCAAGGUCAUCAAAGACAGGAUAGUGGAGGAACAGAAAAAGACCAUCUGGGUGGAGCAGGACUUGUUAUAAAAUUAUAUUUAUUUAUGUUUUAACAUCUCAAAAUGUAUCAUAAUCUGAACAGUAGCACAUAUUUUUGUAUAUUUCUAUUUUAAAUAAACUGAUACAAUUGAA